AAGUUAUGUUUUUCAAAUUUCACUAGAGCCUGGUGCGCGUGCGCAUUAGGUUGGUAGUCUUUUUUCCACGGCGGUUUUUAUUGAACCCGAGUCGCGAAUGAAUGAGUAUCUUUCGCGAAUGAACCAUGGAGCAGCACCCAGCUGACGCUCCUGAACACUGUCCCGGAACCCAGAGCGAAUCUGCAGGCAAAGUUUCUGCCUGCGCUGGGUGUCCUAACCAAUCAAUAUGUUCCUCGGGUGCCGCCAAUGCCCCAGAUCCCGGUAUUCAGCUUGUGAAAAACCGAUUAUCAGCAGUCAAGCAUAAAAUAUUGGUCCUAUCUGGCAAAGGUGGUGUAGGCAAGAGUACAUUUACCGCUUUACUAGCAAGAUCUCUUGCUUCUUUGGAUACAGAUCGUAAUGUCGGGGUCCUGGACAUCGACGUCUGCGGGCCGUCCCAGCCCAGGGUCAUGGGCGUGGUGGGCGAGCAGGUGCACAUGAGCGGCUCAGGCUGGUCGCCCGUCUACGUGGACGAGAACAUCGCCGUCAUGUCCAUCGGCUUCCUCCUCAAGGGCCCGGAAGAGGCAGUCAUAUGGAGGGGGCCCAAGAAAAAUCAGAUGAUCCGGCAGUUCCUGAGUGAUGUGGACUGGGGCGAGCUGGAGUACCUCAUCAUUGACACGCCACCGGGAACCUCGGAUGAACAUUUGUCGGCGACGACCUACUUGCAGGGAGUGAACCUGGAUGGAGCUAUAAUCGUGACUACUCCACAAGAGGUGGCGCUGCUCGAUGUGAGGAAGGAAAUCGACUUCUGCCACAAGGUGAAAAUCCCUAUCCUAGGUGUCGUCGAGAAUAUGACGGCGUUCGUCUGUCCCAAGUGCAAAACUCCCAGCCACAUAUUUCCUCCCAACUCUGGCGGCGCGGCCAAGAUGGCCCAGGAGAAGUCGCUGCGGCUGUUGGGCCAGCUGCCCCUGGACCCGCGCAUCGCGAGGAGCUGCGACGAAGGGCUGAACCCGUUGGCCGAGUUCCCGGAUUCUCCCGUGGUGACCGCAAUGGACGGCCUAGUCAAGGCUCUAUUGGAGACUCUCUCGGCUCGCGGUGACGCCAAUGGCUGUGCGAUGGACACGUCGUGAGGGCAGCCCCCAGGCCACUUUACUGCUGUGUGAUACAUUCUACAUUAUGUUCAUUGUGAAUACUUUCCCAGGGAACAUUAUUGAGCUCAUCGGAUGUGAAUUUGUAUGGAAAUGUGUAGAUUAGUUGGUUCUUUUCUUUUAAAAAAAAAAUAGAUUAAUGAAAAGACUCUGAUUUUGAAAUUAUGUUUGACUUGAUUGGCUGUGUUGUUAUUGUGUGAACCAGAGUACGGGGACAUCCAGUCAGUUCGCUCAAUUUUAAAUCAUUUGUGGUUUCAUAAAUAAAAUUAGUAUUUUUAUAUUAUA